AGCUCCGACCUGCACACGCUGAACGCGCACUGUAACCGCAUCGCCAGAAUCGAAGGGCUCAGCCACCUUCGGAAUCUGCAGCACUUGGAUCUGUCGUCAAACCAAAUCCGCUGGAUCGAGGGGCUGAGUUCCCUGGCGAAUCUGCGCACCCUGAGCUUAUCCUGUAACCUGAUAACUAAAGUGGAGGGGCUGGAAAAACUCUUUAAUUUAACUAUACUGAAUUUGUCGUAUAAUCACAUACGUGACCUGUCUGGAUUUCAGUGCCUUCAUGGAACCAGUCAUAAGAUUAGCCAUAUUGACCUUCACAGCAAUUGUAUAAACAAUAUUAAUCAUUUACUUCAGUGCACAAAGGGGCUGCGCAGUUUGACGCAUCUAACACUGGAAAAAAAUGGAAAGGCCAAUCCAGUUUGUCACACAGCAGGUUAUAGAGAAACUGUUCUUCAGACGUUGCCCCAGCUAACAGCUCUAGAUGGAAGAAAUAUUUCUGGUGAACCAGUAAACCUGGCUGAGGAAAACUGUUCAGAUUUACAGGGUUUAGAAGACAUGCUGGGCUGUUUGGUUUCAUCUGGGUGCCCGUCAUCCAGAGAUCAGAACUGUGUUACCUUACCAGUGGUGACACCACAUAUCGACCAGGCGUUGGCUCUUUUUCGUCAACGUACGAGAAUCCCAGUACAAAGUGCCAUCAGCUCCUCUACAGAACUUGUCUCAUCUUCGGAACCAGAGAAGGCUGAACUUGAUAAAAUAUACAGUGAGAUAAGAAUUAAAAAAAUAGAAGAUCAAAUUUCACAGAUACUGCAAAAGGUAUCUGAUACCUCAAGAAGGGAAGCACCUCCAAAUGCUCUCAAAGCUAAGAGAGACACAGAUCCAACUUCUGAGAGCGAAAAUGAUAGUGGGAAAGAGAACAACAGAAAGGUUGCGAAAAGAAGCAAGAUCCCUACCUACCGUAGAACUACCUUAUCUCCGAGGUGUCAUGGGAAUCAUCUUAAGAACAAAAUAACUGACAGGGAAGAGAAGAAAAGUUCCUCAAAGUAUCCAUGCUCCAGUCAGAGAGACUCUCAUCUAAAUUCAUCAUCGGAUGCUCAAGACUUGGAAGUAGUGGGAAGAAAAGCUGAAAAAUUAACUAGAAGACAGAGCAAUAUAGAAAAAGUAGAAGAAAUUAAUUCAAAUGCUACAGAGGAAUCAACGUACCGAGUGCUGAUUCAAGAACUGGAUCAGGAGAAAGAAAGGAGGUGGAAAGCAGAGCAAGCAGAGAAGAAAUUAAUAGAGCAUGUCAGAGAGCUACAGGAGCAUGCAAAAGAAGAAAAGAAUAUUCAGAGUAUGGCUGUAUACACAACAGACAGGUUAAAGGAAUUGAUAUUGAAAGAGAGAGAUGCUAAAGUAAGACUGCAAGCAGAUGUCCAACAGUUGAAAAGAGAAAAUGAAAGACUUACUAAUGAAUUAAAUCAGGCAAGAAAUAAAGAAGCAGAACAUCAGAAGGCUGUGCAAGCUUUAGAAGAAACAUUAUCCAAGGUGGAGACACAGAGAUUACAGCAACGAACAAUAGAGAUGAAACAGGUGCAAGAAGCAGAGCUUAAAGCAUCAGCAAAUGAAAGAGAAGUACAGUUACUUCGAAUAUCCUUUCGACAACAGAAAGAGAAGGUAAAACAACUACAUGAACUUCUUAUACUAAGAGAGCAAGAGCAAAGGAAAGAACUUGAAAGCCGAGUUGCUUUAAAUGGACCUGAAUUUCAAGAUGCUUUGUCAAAAGAAGUGGCUAAAGAGGAGCAAAGGCAUGAACAGCAUGUCAAAGAAUUUCAGGAGAAAAUCAAUAUGUUAAACCAGAAGUAUGCAGAGUUAGAAGAUGAAUUUUGUUUAGCUUUAACUACUGAAGCAAAAAGGUUUAAAGAGGUAAAAGAGGGUUUUGAAAAUGUUGCUGCUGAUCUAGUUGAACAUAAACAAGCCCUCUUUGAGUGUGAACAAAAGGAAAAGGAAAUGACAAGUCUGAUCCAAGACCUGACAAGUAUAGUGAGAGAACAGAAAGCAAAGAUUGCAGAAUUAACAAAGUCAAAUGAAGAAGCUACGGCAAACUUAAAG